GCCGUCAUUACGUGUGCGCUCAAAACCGUUCCCUCGGGACCACACUCUUAUAAAUAAAAUCGCAUUUCGAUUGCGAUUUUCACUCGACACGUUUCACCUGACCGAGUCACAAUAUACAAUAUUUUGUUUAUUGUAAAGUGCCAAAUUAAUUGUGUGUGAUUUUUUUUAUAUAUUUGUUUUUUUGCCAAAUUAAUCCCAAUCAAUCAUCAUGUGCGACGAUGACGUAGCAGCUCUGGUCAUUGACAACGGAUCAGGAAUGUGUAAAGCUGGAUUCGCAGGGGAUGACGCACCUCGUGCCGUGUUUCCUUCCAUAGUAGGCCGUCCGAGACACCAAGGAGUCAUGGUGGGCAUGGGCCAAAAAGACUCUUACGUUGGAGACGAGGCUCAAAGCAAACGAGGUAUUUUAACCUUAAAAUACCCAAUUGAGCAUGGAAUUAUAACCAACUGGGACGAUAUGGAGAAAAUCUGGCAUCAUACUUUCUAUAAUGAAUUGCGAGUUGCUCCAGAAGAACAUCCAAUUUUGUUAACUGAAGCUCCACUAAACCCCAAAGCAAACAGAGAAAAAAUGACUCAGAUUAUGUUUGAAACUUUCAACACACCUGCAAUGUAUGUAGCAAUCCAAGCAGUCCUGUCUUUAUACGCCUCUGGUCGUACCACUGGUAUAGUUUUGGACUCAGGAGAUGGUGUCUCCCACACAGUACCAAUCUAUGAAGGUUACGCUUUGCCUCACGCAAUUUUGCGUCUAGAUUUAGCUGGUCGCGAUUUGACCGACUAUUUAAUGAAAAUCCUCACUGAAAGAGGCUACUCGUUUACAACUACAGCCGAAAGAGAAAUUGUCCGUGACAUCAAAGAAAAACUAUGUUAUGUAGCUUUGGACUUUGAGCAGGAAAUGGCAACUGCAGCUAAUUCAACUUCAUUGGAAAAAAGUUAUGAAUUACCUGAUGGACAAGUUAUUACUAUUGGAAAUGAAAGAUUCAGGUGUCCAGAGGCUUUGUUCCAACCGUCAUUUUUGGGCAUGGAAUCUUGCGGCAUCCACGAAACCGUUUACAAUUCCAUUAUGAAGUGCGACGUCGAUAUUCGUAAGGAUUUGUAUGCCAACACUGUACUAUCUGGUGGUACCACUAUGUAUCCAGGUAUUGCUGAUCGUAUGCAAAAAGAAAUCACCGCGUUGGCUCCAUCAACUAUCAAAAUCAAAAUCAUCGCUCCACCUGAAAGGAAAUACUCAGUCUGGAUUGGUGGGUCUAUUUUGGCCUCACUGUCUACUUUCCAGCAAAUGUGGAUUUCCAAGCAAGAGUACGACGAGUCCGGUCCGGGAAUCGUCCACCGCAAAUGCUUCUAAGUUUUUUUCUAAAAGACAUUGCCCACAAGACUUUUUCUACACUAAAUUUUUUAAAAAUUAUAGGAUUAUUUAUUGUGUAAUUUUAAAACAAAAAAAGACAACCUAGGGUACCAAAGUAUUUUGUAAUUUAAGAGUUUUUUUUUUCUGUUUGAAAUAAAGUUGGUUUCUAUUAUAAGUAA